GUUAUUCCAUGACACUGUGACUGUGAAAGUUGAAAACAACUGAAGAUGAAGUCCAUUCUGCUGUGCCUGUACCUUUUUACUCUUGGCUCUCGGGGUGCGAACAUUCCAACCGAACUGGACAGCAACGGAGCCGAAGACGCGAGCGCGAAAUUGAACGACAAGUCCAUUAUCUCUAAGAGGGCAGUUGGAACUCACAAUACAGACAGUUUGUACAAACUGAAUUUGUCCCCGGUGUGUUUCAGCGCGAGGGGAAACCAGUUUGCGACUGUUACGAUGCCAUUCACUGGUAAGCUGGCAGCCAUGAAAUUGAUUCAUCGUUACGGCUACGUCACGUGCCACAGGCACAACCCUGUUGGCUGGUCACACUGGGGUUGUGGUCAUUUGAAGGAUUACGUCAACGUUGUCAUAACAACAUCACGCAACAUCAUCAUUCUACCGCCAGACCAGUUCCUCAAAUUUAACCACCAAGCCGGAAAGUGGUCUAAAGUUCCCGGAUAUGGCGCGGAUUCCCAUGAGCUGAUUCUAUCGUUCUUCACCAGUCCUCGUUCAGUCCGCCGGGGACAACAGCUCCGCGUGUGGUAUGGUGAAGACCUGAUGGGUUGGACCGAAGGAGAUAAUGGUGGAAGGGUCUGCUUUGAUGUCUAUGGCAGCUUCGUCUGAACAGUUCUCUUCACCACCAUGCAACAACCGAUUUUUUUUUUUUUUCACUAGCUUGCUAUCAUUGCUUAUAAAGGCUUAAUAACUAGUUUGAUUGGGAAAAUUUGACUUAACUGCGCAGAUUGCCUCUAAUAAACCGCGGACAUUUGGAAAUUGAAACAGUUGUCUGCUUCCGUCUCCA